AAAUAUUGUUUUAUUUUAUCAUGGGGGGCGUGGGACGAAUUCAAGAAUUUGAUGUGAAAUCUGGGAACUGGACAGUGUAUUGUGAGCGGAUAGAAAUGUAUUUUCUUGCGAACAAAAUUGAAGAUAACCUCAAAUUACCCACUUUAAUUGCGGUGAUGGGGGAGGAAGCGUAUCAAUUAUUGUCUACAUUAUCGAGUCCACAAAAACCAUCGACGUUAACUUAUGAAGUAGCAGUUACUCUUAUGAAGAAUCAUCUACAACCUAAACCAUCAAUCUUGGCGGCACGAUACUUAUUUCGGCAACGGCGACAAGCAAACGGAGAAUCGGUAGCUGAUUACGUCACUGAGCUAAAGAGACUCGCAAAACCCUGUGAUUUCGGCUCGACCCUAGAAGAAAACUUACGUGACCAAAUCGUGUGUGGAAUAACAAGUGAAACCACGAGACAAAGGUUAUUCGCGGAAGAUGACUGCAUAGCAUUUAAUCGGGCGGUCAAGUUGGCGGUAACAUUGGAAACGGCCGAAAAAAAUGCAUGCGCUGUCGAUCGCGACAUUAGUUCUACAGUCACGGUGAAUAAGAUCCAGAAUAAUUUAAAGUGCAUGGCGUGCGGAGAUAACGGACAUAAGACAGAAAACUGUAAAUAUAAAAACUUCGAGUGCAGUUUCUGUAAGAAUUUAGGCCACCUAAGAAGGAUGUGUCCGGAAAAAAGUGCAAGUGCAAGACCCGAAAUGACGAGGGCACCUAGCAAUUACCAACCACGGGGAGUGACCUUCACUGGAAGGGGUCGCGGAGGAUGGCGUGGAAGGCGUAGCGGCAACGGUGGCGCAGCAACGACGCGCGGAAAAAGCCGCGGCCAAGCCGGACAUGUUUCCGGGAGCGACCGGAACGCGGACACGUACUGGGUGCAUCAGCACGGCGGCGGCGGCACGGUAGAGGACAAUUACGACGACGGCUGCUUGGCGUCGAUACCAGGGGUCGACGACAAAGAAAGCGAUGACGAGGAUGACGAGCAACCGAUGUAUCAAAUGUCUAUAAGUAAAUACAGACCGGUAUGUAUCACUCUUUUAGUACAGAAGAAGUCUUUAAACAUGGAAAUAGAUACCGGUUCUGCCUUGUCUUGUAUUAGUUCUAUUACUUAUCAGACCAACUAUAGUAACUUGCCUCUUCAUUCUUGUCAAUUAAAAUUAAAAUUUUAUAAUGGUUCUAUAAUUCAACCACUUGGCUAUAUCAAGGUGGAAGUAAAAUAUAAAAACAUAAGUAAACAAUUGGAUUUGUAUGUAAUAAAUAACGGCACUACCAGUCUGCUAGGUCGUCAAUGGCUCUCAGAAUUAAAUAUCGAAAUACCUAAAAUAAAUGUAAACAAUGUGAACAUCGCAAGAGAAGACAAUAAUAAUAAACAAUUGAAUGAAAUAAUUUCCAGGCAUGAGUCAUUGUUCGACGGGACACUGGGUCGCUUCGCGGGGCCGGCGGUGCAGCUGCACGUGCGCGAGGGCGCGGAGCCCGUGUUCUGCCGCGCGCGGCCCGUGCCGUACGCGCUGCGCCCGCGCGUCGACGCCGAGCUCGACGCCAUGCUGCGCGCCGGCGUCAUCGAGCCCGUGGAGCGCUCCGACUGGGCCACUCCUCUGGUGAUCGCGAGAAAGGCGGAUGGCGGUAUACGUCUAUGUGCGGACUAUAAGGUAACCUUGAAUCGUGUCUUGAUGGUCGACAGAUACCCGGUUCCAAAAGUUGAGGACUUGUUUAGUGACCUAUGUGGGAACGAAUAUUUUACUAAAUUAGAUCUCUCUCAAGCCUAUAAUCAGCUGAUCCUCGAUGAGUCAUCUAGAAAGUACACAGUUAUUAACACCCAUCGAGGACUGUUCAAAUACAACCGUUUGGUGUACGGUCUUUCUUCGAGCCCAGGAAUUUUUCAAAAGUUUAUGGAAAAUCUUUUUAAAGGUAUGUCAGAUGUAGUCAUAUUUUACGACGAUAUUUUAAUCAAAAGCAAAAAUAUAAUUAGUCACUUAAAAACUAUUGAGCAAGUUUUAGAAAUUUUACAGACCAACGGGCUUAAAAUUAAAAAGAGUAAAUGCAAUUUCUUAUCAGAACAUGUAGAAUAUCUGGGAUUUAUUAUAGAUAAGAAGGGCCUAAGAACCAAUCCUGAAAAAAUUAAACCAAUAAUUGACAUGCCUCCGCCACGGAAUACUACGGAAUUAAAAUCAUUCUUAGGCAUGGUGAACUUUUAUGGGAAAUUUGUUAAAAACCUUGCAUCAUAUUUAUCACCACUGUAUAACUUAUUAAAGAAAGGGAAACACUAUUACUGGGGAAAAGAGGAAAAUAAUUAUUUUUUGACGAUUAAAAAAUUACUAUGCAGUACAAGCGUAUUAGUACAUUAUAAUAUAGCGUGGCCGACUGUAGUGACGUGCGACGCCAGCGCGCACGGGCUGGGCGCGGUGCUGGCGCAGCGCGCGCCCGACGGCUCGGAGCGGGUGGUCGCGUACGCGUCGCGCGCACUCACUUCGGCGGAAACAAAUUACAGUCAGAUUCAUAAAGAGGCACUAGCGAUUAUAUUUUCUGUAGAGAAGUUCCAUCAAUAUUUGUACGGGAGAAAGUUUAUAUUACGCACAGACCACAAACCCCUAGUGAGCAUAUUUGGCCCUAAUGUAGGAAUACCUACCACGGCGGCGAGUCGCCUUCAAAGGUGGGCUAUCAAACUUUCAGCUUAUGAUUUCCAAAUCGAAUAUAUUAAUACCGACAAAAACACAGCCGAUUCUCUCUCGCGCUUAAUUAAAACUCACAAAGAUGACACCGUUGCCACGGAAGAAAAACUUCCCGAGCAAACAUAUUUACAUUUUGCUACUGAAGCGCUCUUAUUGGACUAUAAAAUCUUAAAGAAAGAAACUUCAUCUGAUCCCAUACUAAGUAGGGUAAGGAGUUAUAUCACGGAUGGUUGGCCUGCUGAUGUAGAAUUAAAAGAGCUUAAACCUUAUUUGAAUAGAAAAAAUGAGUUGUAUUGCGAACUAGGGUGCAUUAUGUGGGGUCACCGCGUUGUCAUCCCAGCUUCCUGUAGAAAUAGAGUAAUAGAUGAGUUGCAUGAUUCACACAUGGGCAUAGUUAAAACAAAAGCAUUAGCCCGCAGCUACGUGUGGUGGCCCGGCGUGGACGAGGCGGUGGAGGCGGCGUGCCGGCGAUGCGCCGUAUGCGCCAGCGUGGCGGACGCGCCGCCGGCGCACUCGCCGAGUCCCUGGCCAUGGCCUGACCGCCCAUGGUCUAGGCUGCAUCUGGAUUUCUUAGGGCCCAUGUUUGGCACGACUUACCUAAUAGUGGUAGAUGCAUGCUCAAAGUGGAUCGAGGCUAUAAAAAUGAAAAGUACUACCGCCGGAGCAGUCAUCUCAGUUUUACGCGACAUGUGGGCGAGGUUCGGCCUACCAAAACAGGUGGUUAGCGACAAUGGACCCCCGUUUACGAGUACUGAAUUUGACAGCUUUUUGAAGAAUAAUGGCAUAGACCACAUUUUUUCAGCACCGUAUCAUCCCGCUUCCAAUGGAGCAGCUGAAAAUUCGGUUAAAAUAUGUAAACGAGUUAUAAAAAAGGCUAUUAAACAGAAGGUAGAUAUAGAUACGGCCCUAAAUAGGUUUUUACUUGCUUACAGAAACACUGAACAUUAUACAACGGGCGACAGUCCUGCCAAAAUUCUCUUAGGUAGGAAUCUACGUAUGCGUUUAGAUAGACUAAAACCUGACCGCUCGGGACGUGUCGGUGACAAGCAGGUAAGGGAAAACGGCGAUUGUACACUGAUACGACAACGUCAGCUCCGUCAAGGCGAUGAUGUUUGGUGUCGUGAUUUUCGUUCCCGGGACAAAUGGAUCCCCGGUGAGGUAUCAAAAAUUUUAGGCAAUACAGAUUAUAGGGUAAAGUGUGUUAAUGGAACCGAGGUACAUAGGCACGUCGACCAAUUAAGGCGUAGGGUAUCCGAGGCACCUGACAGUAGAUGUAUACCGCCAACGCGCAGAGCGAGUUCCCUGGUGGUCCCCGUGACUGAGAGGGAGGGGAGUGUACCAGAGGAGCGCUCCUCUUCUUCCUCGGAGGAGAUGGCGCCGGCGUCACCUGACGUAACAAAGUCACCGGAACAAAUAAGCGAACCCAGUGUACCAAUAGUGGAAAGUAGUGUUUCGCCCCUAGAGAAUGUAAGACCCAAUAAACGUUUAAUUAAACGCCCUGUACGAUACGGUUGGGACGAAUAUUGUUAAAUAUUAUAAGUGUACUUAAAUACUCUGAAUAUGAUUUUAUGUUGGAGUCUAUUACUAUUAGAAUAAGUAUUAAUGUAAGGUAACUUUAUCACUAUAGUGAUACUUAAGACAAUCUACAUAUUGUCUAUUUAGAUAAUUAGUCAUAAGUUUAAAUUAAUGUUAAUUAAGGGUGAAGGUGUUGGUAUAUAUUGUAACGCGGGUAUUCUAUAAACCAGUCUGGCAAUAAACGUCGAACAGUA